UUUCUUUCGGAAGGAGGGAGGGAGGGAGGGAAGGCGGUCGGCCGGGGGCGAUCCAUCAUGCUGGACUUUGUCAUUUUCGCCGUCACCUUCCUGUUGAUCCUGGUGGGAGCCGUGCUUUAUCUCUGCCCGUCUUCCCGACAAGCUUCAGGAAUUCCAGGGAUCACUCCAACUGAUGAAAAAGAUGGGAAUCUCCCCGAUAUCAUAACUAGUGGCAGCUUGCAUGAGUUUCUGGUCAACCUCCAUGAGAAAUAUGGCCCAAUUGUCUCUUUCUGGUUUGGACAACGUCUUGUGAUCAGUCUGGGGUCCAUUGACCUCCUGAAGCAGCACAUUAACCCUAACAGGACAACGGACCCCUUUGAAACGAUGUUAAAGUCCUUGUUGCAGUAUCAAUCUGGCCUGGGUGGAGACAUGGCUGAGAGCUGCUUGAGGAAAAAACUGUAUGAAAACGGUGUCACCAAGCUGCUGCCGAGUAAUUUUCCUGUCAUCCAGAAGCUGUCAGAAGAAUUGCUAACAAAAUGGCUAACCUUCCCCGAGUCUCAACAUGUGCCCCUCAGUCAGCAUAUGUUAGGUUUUGCAAUGAAGACUGUUACACAGACUGCUAUGGGCAACAGGUUUGAAGAUGACCAGGAAGUCAUCCGAUUUCGUAGGAACCAUGAUGUGAUCUGGGCAGAAAUUGGAAAGGGUUUCUUAGAUGGUUCACUUGAUAAAAGCACGACCAGAAAAAAGCAGUAUGAAGAUGCCCUGAUGGAAAUGGAGCUGGUCUUGAAGAAAGUCAUAAAAGAACGACAAGGAAAGAGCUUCAGCCGACACAUCUUCAUAGAUUCUUUACUACAGGGGAAUCUGAGUGACAAGCAGAUUUUGGAAGACACUAUGAUCUUCUCUCUGGCAGGAUCCAUAAUCACUGCAAAAUUAUGUACGUGGGCGGUCUAUUUGUUAACUACCUCAAAAGAAGUUCAGCAAAAGCUUUACAAGGAGUUGGAUCAGGUUCUUGGGAAGAGCCCUGUUACACAUGUGAAAAUUGAACAACUUAGGUAUUGCCGGCAGGUUUUGAACGAGACAGUGAGGACAGCAAAACUAACCCCAAUUGCUGCCCGGCUUCAGGAGCUGGAAGGCAGAGUUGAUCAGCAUCUGAUUCCCAAGGAGACUCUUGUCUUAUAUGCACUUGGUGUGGUCUUGCAGGACAGCUCAGUCUGGCCGUUGCCCUACAAAUUUGAUCCAGAUAGAUUCAGUGAUGAAGCUGCUAUAAAAAAUUUCUCUCUCCUGGGUUUUUCAGGAAGUCAGGAAUGCCCUGAAUUGAGGUUUGCCUGUACAGUUGCUACAGUUCUUCUGAGCGUGAUUGUGAGGAAACUCCACCUGCAGCCUGUGGAAGGCCAAGUCAUUGACACGAAGUAUGAGCUGGUUACAUCACCCAAGGAAGAAGCAUGGAUAACCAUAUCCAGAAGGAACAAAGGAGAGGAGUGAAAUUGCUGCGGGAGAACCCUUUGGCACAACUGACCACCUUCCAAUGCUUCCUUUGAAUCAUCGUUAGGCAUUCUUGGCUCAAAAUAUUUCCCUCCUUUCCUAAAAAUUUCCUUGGAUCCUAUAAACAAAUCUGUAGGAUUAAUGGGAAAACUGGACCUUGUGAGGCAGUGAUUAAUUUGCUCCUCACUUCCCAUUAACAAGAGCAAGAAGUCCUAUAUUCUAACCUAGAAGUCCUCAGCCAUAAAAACCAGGUGUAAGCAGUCACAUUGUGGAAAGGCACUGUGCAUUUGGAUAGAAGAACUUUUUAAAAAUCUAUUUUUAAAUGACAUACAACUCAAGCUUUGAGUUAUAGCACAGAGAAACCUAAAGGUGAACCCUUGCUCUAAAUUGGGUGUCAAACUCACGGCCCACGAGCCUGAUGCUUCAUGUGUUGGCCCUGCCCCCGCCCGGUUUAUCGAAGGGGGAAAAAGUCCCAAUACGUCACGUGAUAAUGCAAGUUUGACACCCCUGCUCUAAAUUAAGUUCCAAUAUGAGUAAUGGGUUCAUGCAAUUCAAUAAAAAUGGUGGAAGCACACUUCCAAUAAGAAACAUUCCUGUGUCAGUUGAUUAUGUCUCUUUCUUUCUAUCGGGGCUUGGGUAGAAAUGUUAGUCAUAACCGCAACCCAGUACAAAUAACGGGAGCAGUUUAUUGGCAAUGCAACUUAAUAUAUGUUCCAUUGCUUUUAAUGAAUGUAGUCGCAGUUAAUUUUGAGGCCAAAGUAAUAUUUGGGGUGGGGAGCGGGGAGAAAAUUGGUACUGGUCAUUCUGGACUCUCUCAGGAAAAAAUAAUGCAUCUCUUUUUUAAAAAAAUAAAUAAAUCUGGGCUUCCUUGUCUUGAGAGAUGGGAAAGAUGGCAUGCUAUUUUUUUGUUCUUUCUUUCCUUUGCUACAUAAUUGUUGAAGCAAUUGUACUGCCAGUGCAUUAUGCUUUUUUUAGUAACAGUUUUGAUCAAAAUGACUCUAAAGCAGUCUUUAUGUGUAAUUAACCUAUUAUUUGUCAGUUGUUCCAAGAGGACAUAUUCAUCUAUAUGUUUUUUAUAGAGCAGUGCUGUCACUUUGCCUUUCCCAUUGCUGAAUUAAAUAGCAAUCUUACCUACUAUUUAAAUAGUAAACUAUAAUAUAGAAAAACCAAAAUCAAUAAAUUGACUAUACAGGGCAAUAGCUUGGAAUAGCAACCUGGGGGUUUUGUUUUCUCUUAAAAUGUGUGACUCAAUUUACGUUUGGUGGUGAAUCAUAUUUGUUAUUUUACAAAACCAUUCUUUAAAUUUAUAGGCAUUUUUUCCCAAAUGGAGGGGGGUGGCUUAUUUCUAUCUUGACAGACUGUAUGUUAUAAAAAGUGAAGCUGUGUGUGGGUGAGUGCUUGGAUAGAUCUUCCUUUUUUGUAUGGGUGUAAAAUGAGAGAAGUUAAUCUUCAGGUACCUUCCAGCAUAGCCAUUCCCCAAUAUUCUGAAGUCCACGUUUAAAUAGAUUGCUUUGCAGAAUGAUAAAAGUUAUUAGCAUCAGAACUGUAUGAGCCAUGGAACAGUUGGAAGAAACUGCUGAUACCGGUGAUUAUUGCUGCUUGUUACCCUUCAAUAUCCAUAUAUUUCAACUUUUUCUGGAAGGAGUUCAUGGGGUGAGACAAUGGGCUGGUUUUGAAAGUUUUUUCUCUUGCCAAGCAGAUCUUAUUGUAUAACAGUACAGCCCAAGUAAAUACAUCGACAUUAUCUUAGACAUCUUGUUUAUUAACAUUCUGUUCUUAUUUACCAACAUUCAAAGCUCAUGAAGUAGAAAUGUGCAACUACCUGAAAGUUGGGGAUGAAAUAGUUUUACUUUCUGUUUUACCUAUCAGUAUCAAAUUACACUCCCCUGUGGAUUCUUUUUAUUGCAUUCAGUUAAUCAGAAUUCUGACUUACUAUUCUAACUUGAUCCUAGAUUUGUUUGAGUUUGCUAUUCUGAUUGUUGUUGGUUUUUUACCUUCUUUAAAAUAAACUUAUUUUUGACAUA